AUGACGAGGUCAACAGUGAUACGGCCAUCCAUUCUGCUGCUCUUGACUCUGAUGGCCAGCAUCCGACCAGGACAAGCACAUAGCUCUUUCGAUCUUCUUGCAAGAGACUCAGAUGCGUGUCCCGCCUCAUACAGUCGCUGCGGUAGUACGAAGACCUCAAAUGGUUUCUGCUGUCCUUCAGACUCCACCUGCAUCAGUUUAGACCAGGGCAGCUCCUCCAUCUGCUGUCCCGCCGGUCAAGAUUGUAACUACAUCUCGCCCGUUACAUGUGAUAUACAGCUACAGAAUGUCGCCCUCUACCCUGAAAGCGUCAUUAAGACUACCCGUCUGGGCGACAGCCUUCCAAAAUGCGGCGAUGCAUGCUGUCCGUUUGGCUACACCUGUGAAGGAGGCAACACUUGCUUCCUAGACCGAAAGACCUCCACAACAGCAUCUGCGGUUGCAUCCAUCUCCUCUACCAACACAGCAACAUCAUCGACAACGGCUAUGUCAUCUACAUCCAGCUCCUCCACUAACGCAUCGUCAUCAACAACGGCUACAAGCUCAGCAACCCUUAAGGCAACCAUCACACCCGUACCAUCCCCCUCAUCCGAGAAGUCCGCAAACUCCACAAUAGCAGAAGCAUCAACCUCAUGCCCCUCCUUCCCACCUGGCGCUAUAGCAGCCGGGUUCUUCCCGGGAGCAGUCCUCGGCGCUGUCGCCGCCCUCUUAAUAUCUCUCUGUUUCCGAUGCGCAAAAAAAGACGAGUGCGAAAUCCAAGAAGGCAAAUCCGGGCCUAACUGGUCCGAACGCUCUUCAUCCGGCGCCAUAUUAUGCAUCUCAAACCCCAUACCCCAAGACGAUACCUCCUACCGCACAGACUUCCUCCGAAGCCCACCGCGAUCCAAACGCUCUUCUACAGGAGCACGCUCCACUCGCACGGUGAUUCACCGCACCGGCAGUAGAGUGCGAAGUCUGUUCUCCGGUUAUCCAAGAGGAAACCCCAGACUAGACAAGGAUGUGCCGCCGAUCCCUAUCCCUGUGCCAGCAGCUCCGUUUACUCCGCCACGACAGCGUCAGCCGAGUAUGGAAAGUAUCAAGGUGUAUUCACCGCCUGAAUCGUCGUUUCCGCAGCGUACUUUUUUGCACCCAGCGCCGUACCCUGGUACGUCCGAUAGGCCGGAUACCACAUACAGCGGUCUGAUGCGGGUUGUUGGGAAUCCUAAUGAUGGUAACGGGAAUACGCCUUAUCCGGCUCAUGAUGAUUCUCGGGAAAAUCCGUUCAGGGAUCCUGGACAUUAA